CUCCCCUACCACCUCCCUACUUUCACAGUCAUUCAUUGCGCCUCCGUUGGACUUGCACGCUGCUUUUCUCCUGUGGCUGUUUGGACGAUGUUUGGGUGCAGAGCAGCCUGGCAGAGGUGUGGGCCUCUGGCGCGACAGUCCCUGCAUCGCGCAAACCUCUAUAGAGAUGUAGUUCCACGGAGGCUCAUGUCUUCAGUUCCUGGCGGCUCCGGCGAGAAUCUCUUUUAUGUCGUCCUUUGCGGUGGAGCCUUUGCCGGUGCUGUGGCAUAUGCUUACAAAACCGUUGCAACAGACCACGCACGUUAUGUUGAUCGUAUUUCUGAAAUUGAUGCUCGUCCCAAGUCUGAUUGGAAACCCAAACAAUGGCCACCCAAGGGUGGGGAGAAUGGCAAUGAAGAAGCUGGUGCGGAGGAAGGAGAGGCGGCAGAAACUGUAGAGAGCGCAGCCGAGGAGGAGGUUCCUGCUGAGGCACCUGAGGUCUUCCUGGAAACAGCCGAGGCCUCCAGUGAGAAGGCGGGAACUCUUGAGACCGUUGUGGAAAAGGUUGCCGAAACGGUCGCAGAGACUGCAGAGGUGGUUGCUGAGGUGGCAGGGGUUGUUCACGAAACAGCAGAGGAAGUGGCAGCGGUGGCAGAGGAAGUGCAGAAGGUGGCCGAGGAAAUAGAAGCAGCAGCAGAGGCUGUCAUAACUCCUGUUAUUCAAGCUGAAGAGCCGGCGACAGAGAGCAACGAGUUGGUAAGCCCAGCAGCAGCAGAAAAUGUAGAGCUGGCUGCUGCCUCUGUGAUCGAGGCUGUUCCUGUGGAGUCUGUAUCUGUGGAAGAUGUGCCAGUUGAAGCUGUACCAGAGGAGCCCACUGUGGUUUCUACAACAGAUCAUUUGGAAAGUGAACCUGUAACAGAGAUGGAACCAGUUUCUCUGGUAGCAGAAGAAGUGGCAGAGGCACCAGAUACUGUUGUAAUAGAAGAGCCCCCUGUAGCAGAGCAAUUGUCUGUUCCUCCAAUGACAGAAGAAGCUCCAGUUUCCUCAGCUGUAGAAGAACCACCUGUUGCCACAUUGGUAGAAGAGGCUCCAGUGGUAGAGGAGACACCAGUUGAUUCACCAGUCCCCUUAGUCGAAGCAUCUGAUGUUUCUGUGAUAGAAGAGGAGAUAUUAGUUGCCCCAGUGACUGAAGAUACACCAAUUUCCUCUGUAGAAGAAGAGGCACCUGUUGCCCCAGAAGCAGAGGAGGUACCAGUUCCCCCAGUGACGGAAGAGAUUCCUGUUUCCCCUGUGCCAGAAGAGGCAGUGGUUUCCUUGGUAACUGAAGUUGUUGUUGUUGUGGCUGAAGACGCACCUGUUGUAGCAACUGAAGAACUUGAGGAAACACCUGCAGCCAAAGUAGCAGACGAGGUUAUUUCCGUGGUUGAGGAAGUGAAGGCACCAGAGGUGAUUACAGAAAGUGCAGUUGUGCAGGCCUCAGCAAGUAUAGUCGAGGAAGAAGCAGCAAGUCCAGUUGUGGAAGUUACAGAAAGUGUCACUGAACCAGAUGUUAUGAGCGUUGUGGUCGCAGAGGAAGUUUCUCCAGCUGAAACAUCAAGUGCACCUGAUGCUUUGGAGGAGCCCAAACGAGACUACAUAAUGGUUGUGUUGGAGGGAGGUCCCAAAGCAGAAAAGAAGCCCAUGGUGCUCGGUGUGUCCCCCGUGACUGGAAAGAUCAUCCCAGCACCUGAUGAUGGUGAAGAGCCAUCGGGUCAGGUAACAGGGCAAGCGCCGUAUGCUUAAAGUGCAGAUGUAUUAGCACCAACUGAAAAAGUUGGGAGCAGUCGGGUGUCCUGGAAUAGUAAACCGGUUCCCUGAUAAAGAAUUAGUGAUGUGCCUUCCCCUUUCCCCAUUUCCUCGACCCCUUGGAUUUCAGUAAUCCUUAAUGGGCCCAGAAUGCUUUUUCCUUCCGGCUAAGUUCUCUUUCCACUGACAUGCUCUCCACUGAAAAGUGGUUACUUCAUGUGAACAUUCAUUUCACUCUGAUGUGAGACAUACAGGUUUCUUGACAAAUGUGAUAUGCCUUUUUAAACAGAACUCCACUCUUUUUGAGUCAACUGCACAUUGGAGCCUAUACUAUAGUGAACCCUACCUCAAACCUCACAUUAGGACAUGUCUUGGAAUUGCCAUGUCAAUAGUUACAAUACCAGCACCGCUACAAAUUUGCCAUAAACACUGUCAUACCUAUCCGCUGGCCAUCAGUUUUUUAGUUAGACUUCAGGUUCUCCUCUAUCUUCAACCUAUGCUAUUUUUCAUUUACAUUAUUUAUGAACUAACACUAUUUUUGUAUUUGUACCUCUCUACCUCAGCUUGUUCUCCUUUUCCAGUAACCAGUAUUAGCUAGCAUUUCCAAUAUGACAUGACUAGGUCAAAAACUGACAACUAACAAAUAGAUUAUCUUUAUUAAUAUAAUCAAUACAACGUUAAGCCAUGUUAUAAGUCACAUUCCAGUAUUAAUUUCUAAAGGCAGACAUUAUAAUUAUAAAAAAUGCAAACCUUUGCCUUUGGCAAAACACUACCUACAACAGACCUCUUAUUUCCUUCAUGUUUCAUAAGGCACCUUAUAAGUGUUAUGAGUAUGAUUACAACUUUAGAAUGUGAAUGUGAGGGAAUAAUGUGAAGUAUGUUUCAGUAUCAUAAAGAGUGUGUUCACAGGUUCUUUUUUGUUUUUGUUUUAAGGGUUAGGGAUUUUGUUCAGGUGCUUUACGGGAUUUCGGGAUUUCACUUUCACUGUAAGCCCUAACUAGGGUUUUUUAACUGUGAAUGUAUGUCAAAGAAAAAUAAAGAGUUAAAAAAAACA